UUGGGGAUCGGUCCAGGCGUAACGCAGCAGUAAGCUUAGGUAGGUAGUAUCUAUGGAUAGGACUUAGAACGCUCCCCAUACCCCUACAUGUAGACCAUAUUCGAGACUGGCUUCAUUCCAAGGCUCAUGGCCGUCACGCUGUUAAUUUCAUUUGCACGAAGACGAGCGUCGGCUUCACAGAGCCUUACCAACCGAUAUGUUAAUCUCGUAAAGUAGCCCGUCAUGCCUAUUUCCCUUUGCUUGUUCGUCGUAUCAUGAAAGCCCUGGUCUGCUUAUCUUUCUCUGACAUCGUUUCCAACAUUGUAACAAGCCUCCGAAACAGCUCGAAGCCCCCUAUCCGCUACAGAUAUGGCAUCAACAGUGAGAGAGACGGAUAUACCCGUGGCUCUGGUAGGCAUUUCCUGUCGAUUACCAGGUAGCGCCAACUCCGUCGACGAACUAUGGGAUCUCCUGAAGAGAGGCGGCGAGAGUUGGACUCCGGUUCCAAGUGACCGAUUCAACCAGGCUGCCUUUCACCAUCCAAGCGCCGAUGAUCCUAAUGGAACGAGUAAUCACCAAGGCGGGCACUUCAUCGACGGAGAUGUGCGGGACUUCGACCAUUCUUUCUUCCGGAUAUCGCCUCAACAGGCGGCCGCUAUGGACCCGCAGCAACGAAUUCUUCUCGAGAUGUCGUAUGAGGCACUCGAGAACGCUGGUUGGCUUAACGAGGAUCUCACCGGAACGAGCACCGCUGUUUACGUUGCCGAUUUUACAGCAGACUUCAAUCGAAAUCUGUAUAAAGACACACUCGACCUACCAACAUACUACGCUACCGGUGCUGAAAAGGCCAUUUUGGCCAAUCGGAUCUCGUACCAUUUUGACUUACGGGGACCCUCGAUAACACUGAAUACCGCAUGCUCUGGCGGCCUUGUAGCUAUGCACCAGGCCUGUCGGAGCCUGCGAGAUGGCGAGUCGACUGCGGCUAUAGUAGCCGCCGCCAAUCUGACCUUAGGUCCGGAUCACCAUAUUGGUAUGAGCAAUAUGCAUUUAAUCAGCGGAACUGGGCGUAGUUAUCCGUUCGAUAUCAGGGGGGAAGGCUACGGACGCGGAGAGGGCUUUGUUGUAUUCGCACUGAAGCGUCUCGAUCAUGCCCUCAGGGAUCGUGACCCUGUCCGCGCCAUUAUUUGUGGCACCGCCGUAAAUCAAGACGGCUAUACACCAGCCGGUAUUACACAUCCGAACGGCAAAGCCCAGGCGGACCUUAUACGUACCGCAUAUGCUAUGAGUGGCCUAAAGCCGGAAGAUAUAGCGUACGUUGAGGCUCACGGCACCGGGACAGAUGCCGGCGACCGGGAGGAGUUGGCUGCUCUGGCCGAUGUCUUCACGAGCUCGGCCCGUGCUGUACCCCUAUAUGUUGGAUCUAUCAAGGGCAAUAUUGGACAUACUGAGAAUACCAGCGGCCUUGCUAGCGUGCUUAAGGCGGUAUUGAUAUUAGAACACAAACUCAUACCACCAGUCGCGGGCUUCUCUAUUCCUAAGCCUGGCCUUCCCCUAGACCAGAUGCGCAUACCUGAUAAAUUGAUAUCGUGGCCGCACAUCGACGGAGUCGUACCUCGCAUAUCCAUUAACAGCUUUGGAUUCGGAGGCACGAACUGUCAUGCAAUUCUUGAACAGGGGCCUCGCGCACCACCACGAACAUCGCCUGACCGCCGAGCUAGAGUCCCUCGACUCUUCAUGCUAUCGGCGUACUCACGGUUAUCACUAGCCGCCAUGAUCAAAGCUCAUCAUGAAUGGCUUGAUUCUCAUCCGGAUGUAGACUUAGCGGACCUGUCCUAUACGCUUUGUCACCGGCGCUCGCGAUUACCAUGGCGGUUCAGUUGUGUAGCCGACGACCGAUCAUCGCUGCUAAACAAGCUACACCAGGGGCUAAGCACGACGCCAAGAAAGCCCGCUUCAUCAGUUCCAUCCAUCAUGUUCGUCUUCACCGGCCAAGGCGCUCAAUGGGCAGGCAUGGGGCGUGAGCUCCUGGCGAAUACCACGCUGCCAAACGUCUUCCGGGAUUCUUUGCGCACGUCACGCGGCAUACUAUGUACGGAGCUUGGAGCGAAGUGGGAUCUCGAGACCGAACUUCUCCGCGACGCUACAUCGACGCUCCUGAACACAGCCGAACUAGCCCAGCCGGCUACGACGGCGGUUCAGAUCGCGCUUGUCGAGUUGCUCCGCUCUCAGGGUAUACGACCUCAGAUAGUAGUCGGCCACUCCAGCGGGGAGAUCGCUGGCGCCUAUGCGGCGGGUUACAUCUCGCAUCGCGCCGCCCUGGAAAUUGCCUACCACCGCGGCCGCGUAUCCGGGCUUUCUAAGCUUAAGGGUCUACCGCAUGGCGCCAUGAUGUCUGUGGGCCUGAGCGAGAGUGAAGUCGCGCCUUAUUGCAAUACUUUAACAAAAGGGGUCGCUAGUAUCGCGUGCGUCAACAGUCCCACCAACGUCACCAUUUCCGGAGACUCAGAUGCUGUUGACGAGCUCGCAACCCGACUGAGGGCUAGUUCCGAGGGUACAUUUCUUCGGCGUUUGGUGGUGGAUACGGCUUAUCACUCUUACCACAUGCAAGCUGUAGCUGAAGACUACAGAGCUAGUCUUGGCAAGCUACAAGCCGGCGACGUGCUGCCGGGCAGUAAUGAUGUUACCUUUAUAUCAUCAGUAACAGGCACUCACAAGUCAUCUUGCUUCAAUAGUGAGUACUGGACUACCAACCUCGUGUCUCCUGUUCGCUUUUGCGAUGCUAUCCAAACACUGGCUCGCGAUGAAGCUGCGAGAGGGUUUGGACGCCCUCUGGUCUUUAUUGAGAUUGGACCGCACCCAGCACUCGCUGGGCCAGUCCGCCAAACUCUUGCGCAGUCGAGCUUCUCUAAGCUCGAGUUUGACUACUAUUCUGUUCUACAAAGGAAAGUUUGUGCCGUCACAAGUGCCUUGACGCUUGCUUCUAACCUAUUUGAGCAUUCAAUGAAGCUCGUCAUCGACGCCGUCUCGACGCUAUCCUCGGAAUUCCAGACUGCCAACAUGCUGACAGACCUCCCAUCUUACCCUUGGGAUCAUUCGACUAAGCAUUGGCACGAAUCCAGAGUCAGUUUCGAAUAUCGUAUGCGCAAGGAUCCGUACCAUGAUCUAUUGGGAGUGCGUGUUGCUGAUUCAACGACGAUUGAGCCGCGCUGGCGACAUAUGGUUAGCAUAUCUACUUUGCCUUGGCUAUCCCAUCAUGUAGUCGAUGGUCUAGUCAUCUUCCCAGGGUCAGGCUACUUAUGUAUGGCAGUCGAAGCGGUCAGACAACUCUGCCGCGAAUACUACCCUUUGCAGUCACUCGAGACGAUCGCCCUGGAUGACAUUACCUUCCUACGAGCCUUGGUCAUACCCGAACCCCCUCAGCGUACGGAAGUGCAGCUGAGCCUGAAGCUGCAAUCUGGCAAGGAAUUUGCCUUUGCUUUCUCUAUUUCUGCUCUAUCUGACGGUGCGUGGCACGAACACUGCAGAGGCGUCAUUGAGGGCGUUUUAUUCAGUAACAAGAACAGUGGGCCAGAAGAGGUGUCACCCCUUAAUGGGGUAGAAUCGGUGCGUAGAGGCCUAAACCUUGGCUCUAUUGAGCUCUAUCGUGAACUCGUUGGAGCGGGUAAUGAAUAUGGGCCAACGUUUGCAAGCAUCAAAUCGCUCACAAUGGCUUCGGAUCUUUCACAAGCUACAGCAGAGAUUAAUGUUAGUGAUACUGCAGCCACUAUGCCAGCACAACAUCAAGAGCCUCAUCUCAUUCAUCCAUCUACCCUUGACGCUAUAUUUCACACAGCAUUGCCCUUGGUAGGACGCCGUCUGGGUGCCGGUGCGGUCAUGCCAGUUCAUAUUGAUGAGUUGCUGCUAUCGGUACACGCAAUGGCGAUGGUGACCAGCCCCGGUGAUAGGAUAUCCGUAUCGACAAAGGUCACAUCCGGUGAGUUUCGUACUAUGUACUCUGGAAUCUCUGCUCUUGCCGGCAACAUCCCAAUACUAUCGGCCUCGGGUAUUGAGUUGAGGAGUCUGGGACAGCAAAUACACCGGGAUGGAUCUACUGGGAAAGCUGGUAUUUGCUAUGAGCUUGAGUGGAAACCUGAUAUAGAUCAUCUUCGGCCUCAGGAUCUACCAUCAAAUCCGGGCCUAAGCGAUGUAGUCAGCUACAUCUGCUUCAAGAAUGCCAAGCUCGCGGUCCUUGAACUCGGUGGCGGGCGCGGAGAUCUGUCCACGGUCUUUCUCAACGCUGUCAGCAUACACCAAGGGCAGAUAGGCUCAUAUGACUUUGUGGACUCUACAUCCGCACUGUUUGACGAUGCGCAACGGCAACUUCAUGGCCACUCAAUUCAUUACAGAACCAUGGACCCUGUCGCGAAUCCUGUCGCGCAAGGAUUCAAGCCGCAGCAUUACGAUGUCGUCAUGGUCUCAAAACCCGAAUAUGCCCGCCAGACCGGAGUGCUUUUGAGCACAGGCGGCAUGCUCAUAUUGAACUCGCUUGAGGAUACUUGGCUCACUGCUUCACGAGGAGCAUCGAUAGAUUUCGAGUCGAAGCUAGUCGUCUGUGAUGAAGGCCAAUACAGGCAGGUCGCGUUUCCCAUAGCUGGUGGCCAAGGACCACACUUAUCACACAACAUCCAGAUCUUGACUCGUUCGCCGACUGAUUCCCCGUCCUCGUGGACCACUAUGAUUGCUAAAGGGUUACGAGACCUUGGCAACAUUGUAUCGCUAGAGUCGUUGGGUACAGGUUCGACUAGAAUUAAAGACGACCAUUAUUACGUUAUAGUUGAUGAUGAACAACAGUCGAUGCUCUCCGAUCGCGAUUGUUUCACCGCCGUAAUAGCUCUUUUGAGACAGCCAGUCCAGAUCAUCUGGCUUAGCCUUGACGAACCUUCGUCAAUGCAUCAAAUCACCGGCAUUGCCCGCACUGCUCAUGCCGAGAAUGAUGAUCUUCGUUUGAUUACAAUCCAUGCCUCAUCAACUUUACUCGGCCAAGACCGUAUUCUUCAAGUUCUUAGUAGCUGCGUUAGUCGCAGUCUUGCCGGACAGCCCACGACAGAUUGGGAGCGUGAAUAUAGAAUAACAGGUGACGGCACCGUUCUUAUACCGCGUGUUCGUCGAAGUGAGCGGUUAAAUCGUGCUAUCCAGACAAAUGACGAUCUCCCCGAAACCGAACUGCGUCGGUUCAGGGACAGCACGCGGCCACUUGUCCUUUCUCUCCCUAGGAAUGAUCAUACUACUACCGAACCUCUGUUCGUUGAAGACGAAACUGCCAAGACCACACCACUGGGAAUUCAUGAAGUCGAGAUUGAGACUGAGGCCUUUGUACUAUCCAAGUCGCGUCGGGCGACAGGGCUCGGCGAAUUUGCAGGGAAUAUCACACGGAUCGGCGCGAAUGUCAAAGGCCUGUCCCUAGGUGAUAGCGUCGUAGCUCUCGGAUCGACCAUUGGUGCCAGCCAUCCACGAAUUUCUAUUGAUCGCGUCGGCCAUAUUAAGGGGCGCAUCUCUCCCAGCACGGCUGUAGCGUACCUCAUGAACCUCAUAAGUGCUUCAUAUUCGCUGCAUACUCUCGCCCGGUUGCAGCCCACGGAAGUGAUCUUGAUCCAUGGUGCCUCAAGUGCAAAUGGGAGAGCUACAGUGGCUGUCGCACGUGCUAUAGGUGCUCAUGUCAUGAUCACAGCUUCUAGCCUUGCUGAGGCCAAGCAACUAGAAGACCAGCUUGGUGUACGACCCAGCGAUAUAUUCAUUAGUCGUCGUUCGCCUCGCAGACAAUCUCCACGAGACGUAUAUGCUGGUACCCUAGAUGCCAUCGUCCUGGCCAGCAGCGACAGCGUGCCUAUCGAGAUAUUGGGCUACCUCAGACCUUUCACGUGUAUCAUCUCCAUGUCGCAAACAGUGCAAGAUAUUGCGAAGUUUCCACCAAACACAACAUUCCAUCAUUUUAACAUCGUAGAAUUACUCCAAGCUUGCCCAGACUUGAUAAAUAGCCUCAUGGAGAAGACUUCCGUCGCACUUGAGUACCUUCCAGUAAGCGAUUUAGAGCCCUAUACUCGUGAUAUUUCACAAGUUUCAGAGGCACUGCGGCUUGUCCGGACCGGAGCCUAUGAUCAGAUAACGUUACGCGCCGGGGCUGACUCAAUUGUGCCAACUGCAAUGCAACCAGGUAAAGGUCGAUUCGACUGGGGCAAAGAGGACGCUUCGUACGUGCUCGCUGGUGGUCUAGGCGAUCUUGGUCGACGUCUUCUAAUCCUUAUGGCGCGACGGGGGGCAAAGUUCCUCGUUACCCUCUCACGACGUGCUAUUAGCACUGAGGACUACCAUGAAUUACAAGCACAGCUUCAAGCAAUACUUCCAGGCUGUAUUCUUCAUUGCCUCAAAUGUGAUAUAACAUCAGAGGUCAGUGUACGUAAUGCCGCCAAAAACUUGAUCCGAAUGGGAGUACCUCCCGUACGAGGUGUGAUCCAGUCGGCCGUAAUACUUCAGGAUCGGACGCUCGAAUCGAUGACAUAUGACGAUUUCUUGCUUGCGAGCCAAGUCAAAGUCGAGGGUACGCAUACGCUUGAGCGUGUUUUCGCUUCGCCUCAUCUAGAGUUCCUCCUUAUGCUCUCAUCCGCUGUUAAUAUAGUGGGUGCCAGCGGCCAGGCUAACUAUAAUGCUGGCAAUUCAGUCCAGGAUGCCAUGGCCCAGAACGGCAGAAACGUAUCAUACCAUCUCAUCUCUCUCAACAUCGGGUGGAUCGAAGACGCCAUUCAUACCGCCGAUAAUAAUGCCCGGUUGACCGGUCUCCGUCGUUCUGGUCUCAGAGCUGUUAGUCAUGAAGAGUUAUCGCGUUACUUCGAUUAUAUCUUAGGAACAAUAAACACAGAUUCUCGUAUGGCCCAGGCCAUCAUCGGGUUUGACGCUAUGUCGCUCGCCCAAGCAACUGCUCGCAACAGCAAUAUAUAUUCAGCUAUGUUCCGGCAUGUUCGAGAGGAACCAUCUAAUGAACAGCCUCUGGAAUCAACGGAGACUACUCACUCCUCUUUUCAAGAAGUCUUAUCCAUCGGUAGUGCCAGCUUAGCUGUUGAUUUUAUCACCAAUGCUAUGACCACGCAGCUAGCAAAACUGAUCGCAACUGAUGUGAAUCGCGUUAGAGACCACGAAGGCUCCAUCCUUGGCCUCGGACUUGAUUCGCUUGUCGCCAUAGAAUUGCGCAACUGGCUGAUGCGGGAAUUCGAUGCACCUUUGCAGUCAUCCGAACUCAUGAUUGAUCAACCCAUUCGUGCUCUCGCUGAGAAGGUGGCAGCUCGUUCCCGCAUAGCCUCUUCAGUAUCAGCGAACACAUCAAGCAGUGAAGUCGGCUCCGAAUACGACGGUGAGAAAGAGGUGAUGUCGCCAAUUACGAAUAUGAGUGCAUCUGCAGACCUAAAAGUCCAACAGAACGAUCUCCCGCCCCUCGGGUUUCCUACGCUUGAAGAAACUCUGCACUUAUUUCAAGAAUCUCGUUGUGCGAUCGAUCCCCUCGAAGACCAAAAAGACACGAUUACCGCAAUUCAGGAGUUUCUGGGAGGCCAAGGUCCAUUAUCGCAGCAGCGUGUCGAAGAAUCAACGCCCAGUGAUCUUGCUGAAAUAUAUGAUCGUCAAAUAUAUCUUGAGAGACGUGAGCCCCUUCAAGACUAUAGCGAAUAUACAGUGGGUCAUGCGUUAGAUGCACCAGCUCAUUCGCAGGCAGAGCGCGCAGCUAUCGUCACAACAGCCGCUGUCAACUAUUCGCGUCGCUUAAGCACAGGCAACAUAGCCCCGGACACAGUCCAUGGUAUGCCAGUGAAUACAGAAGCGCGUAACUGGCUAUUCUACGCGACGCGCAAGCCAGGCCUCGAGAAAGACUGCAUGGAACGCUAUGCACCUAGUCAAAACGUUGCCGUCCUGAGACGAGGUCACGUUUUCCAAUUAAUGCUCCCUGACCCCAAUAUGCCAAUACAUCUGCCAGCGGUGCUCGCGGCAUACAUUGCAAUUCUCGAGGCUUCGGAAGAGCCGCAAUUAUCCAUUUGUACCUUAACCGCUGAUGAACGUAGUUCGUGGACCAUGAUGCGUAAUGAGCUGGAGCUUGAUCCUAAUAACAGCGCAACUCUAGCCGCCAUUGAUGCGGCAGCAUUUGUAGUGUGUUUAGAUGAUGAAGCACCGCAGAGCCCCGGAGAACGCCAUGUGCAGUAUCUUUGGAACGGCUGUGACCAUCCUCUCACGAAUCGAUGGCUGGAUAAGACUGUCCAAUUCGUCGUGACCGCCAAUGGCUUGUCGGCAGGGGUCUAUGAGCACACCAAGAUUGAUGCCCUGGACGUUCGUUCGCUUCAUAAGGAAGUUGUGGAUGCGCUGUUUGACGAAUCCUCUGGUUGUGUGGCUUCUUUCCCAUCUACUGCAUAUCCCAUUCAUGAGCAUACUUGGAAACCAAGCCCAACCAUCACCCGUCAUGUUGAACUCGUCAAGCAGCGGUGCUCAUCGUAUGGUCCCAUUGACCAUCAGACCACAGAUAUCAGCAGCCUAGGCAUGAUAUCGCUAGGGAACACCAGAGCAUCCCCUCACGCUACUGCUCAUCUUACUGUGCUCCUAGCAGUAUAUCUUGUCGAUGGCGCGAUACGACCAGCUUGGGAGAUUGUAUCCCUGAGCACUUUCGCCCACGGUCGCCUCGACUGGGUCCAGACUGUUUCUUCGCCUGUUCGAACCUUCAUAGAGGCGGUCGCCAACGGAAACGAUUCAAAAGCCUGUCUGCGAUCUCUAUUCGAUGCCGCCGCUAUGACGUACUCGCAGGCCAUAUCAUCUGCGGCGCGCGGGUGUGGCUUUGUUAAUCACAUGUACGCGCUACUAGGAGUCGUAAAAGCCGAGGAGCGCGAGAAUGCAAGCGAAAUACCUUCGCUCUUCCGCACGGCUGCUUGGAACGCGACUCGACGUGGUGGACCCGGACAGGACCUUAAGAUCGGCUUCAUGCCGGAUGAAGAUCCAGCACACGCGCAUAUUUGGGAUGAAGGCGGAUUUCUCGUGGACGGCGACCGCGGCACUUACGUGCAUUGUACGGUCCGUGAGCAUCACACCUCAUUUUCGGUUUUUGCGCGUCCUGCGUACGCUACUGUUGUAGGUGAAUCACUACAGCGCGCUGCAGCAAUGAUCGCACACAUUUUGAUGACGCAAUAAGCUUUCUCCAGUUGAGAAUGAAAUGUUCCAUCUACCUUUCUAUAAUUUCAUUAUAUGUCACAUGCAUACGCGGGGAUUUGCAUACGUACUGGAAGCUGUUGCUUACGAAACUACUUAGGUUAAACCAUUCGUUACCUACCGGGUAAAGUGGGGCAUUCAGGGGAUAACGAGAAAAGACAACAGUGGCUAAAUCCUCUUAUUCAACUUAGAGUAUCAAUGAUACGCAAAAGAAAUAAUGACUUACGCCUCCCUUUUUAAUAAGCUUUAUUUAUUAGCAAAGUAUACGAAGGAAGUAGUGGUACCUACAAGUUCACCUAAGCAUCCAUCUAUAACUGUGGGAGAAAAUGUAACGAGUGGAACGAUUCAAUCUUUCUAAGAUCUACUAUUCCUCAUGGCGGGAACUUGCAUGCUAAAGGUAAAUCAUCCCCGUUUGCUAUGGCGUCCCUCGUACUUCGAAAUUCUAAGUAGAAGAGUAAAGAGCUUUUUGGAAGAAAUCGUCCAUCAUAUUUUGGAAUUGGUAGGUACCUAUGAUACAAUAUCAUCAAACGUAACCAGUGACUAGAGUGGUAGUGAAGUCCUGGGGGAAUACUUAUCACUACAAAGUAUCAAGUGUAUACACAAAUAGUAGGAGAUUCAACGAACAUGUAAUAGCUAAAAGAACUAAUCAAAUCUAC